AUGCACACUGAUGGAAACGUGUUUUGGGGAAGUGUAGCGAUAAAGGAGUUGGUUUUUUUUUUAAGUUUUGUUGGUGUAAUACAAAAGUAAAGGGCGAAUUGCUUUCUCGUUUUAUUAAUCAGUAAUGAUGUGUUUAUAAAUCAUAUUAAUGUGCAAAAAAAAUCAAUAAGUAGUUCUCAGACAACCCGGGAAUUAAAAAAAAAAAACCAUGAAGAAGAAGCAUGCUGCAAAGAGUGAGGCAGCGAUUGCUGAUGCUGGGAAGCAGAAGGAUUAUGUUGUUGGCUUGGUAUCAGACAGCCUGACUGCGGAUCAGCCUACAUCAGGGACUCUGUCCUCGUUAUUCUCAGUUGCCUCCACUAAGAACACACUGGUCUUCGUCCCAGCACCAAAACCAGGAGCAAAGGCCAGCCCUGUAAAACAGGAAGCAGGUCGUGUGCCAGGUGGCGGCGAAGCAGUGAAAUGGAAGAAGACGAAACAAAAGUCAGCAGCUGAGAAGAAGCUGGAGGACAGGGAAGAAGCCUUAAAAAAUGCAGAUGAUGCCGAAGAAGCAAAACGUCCAAAGAAAGUCAAGCGCAAAGGUCCAGAACCAAACGACGAUGGCGAAACGCUGGAAGAGGCGCUAGCAGCGAAGCGGCGUAAAGUUUCCUGGAACAAGGCUGAAGAGAGAAUUAAACUGAAAAGAACCGUGUUUGUCGGCAACCUACCUGUUGACUGCACAAAGAAGGAUUUGAAAAAGAUCUUCAAGGGUCUGGGAGCCAUCGAGUCGGUGCGAUUCCGCUCAGUUCUUCGGGAAGAUCCAACAAUGUCCCGCAAGCUCGCCACUAUCCGACGCCAAGUCGACCCCAAAAAAACAAGCAUCAAUGCCUAUGUGGUGUUCAAGGAGGAGGACGGGGCAGCGAACGCUCUACAAAGGAAUGGAAUGGAGAUCCAGAAAGACUUCUACAUCAGAGUGGAUCACGUUUCCCAGAACACUUCACAUGACCAUAAGCGGUCUAUCUUUGUGGGCAACCUUCCAUAUGAUAUCAAGGAACUGCCUUUGCGCCAGCACUUUGAGGAGUGUGGUAAAGUAGAGGCUGUCCGAUUGGUGAGGGACCGAAACACUGGAGCAGGAAAAGGCUUCGGUUACAUUCUCUUCGAGAGCACAGACGCUGUGAUGUUAGCACUGAAGCUGAACGGAUCCCAGCUGCUCGAUCGGAAGAUCAGGGUGAAACACUCGGUGAAGAAGAAGGUGAAAAACGAGAAGAGAGGAAGAGACGCUAAAGGGCAGCAUGGGCGAGGUGCAGCGAGGAAGAGAGGACCACAGCCAGCAAACUUUAAAGGACCCAGGCGUGAUGAAGGCAGCAAACCCAGAGGAAAGCCCUUCACAAAAACUCCUGGGAUGGGCAACAAAACAUCAGCCUCCUUUACUGGAAAUAUGACGGAUCCCGUUUCCAAAAAGGGCAAAGGACUGAGAAAGAAAUUCAAACCGAAGAAAAAGUGUAAACCUGUUCAUAUUUAAUUUUCUUUAAUGGUGUUACAUUGUGAUCAGAGUUGGACUGAAAGGUAAUUACAGAGACAUUUGUUAAAAAAAAAGACUCCAUUAUUUUAAUGACCUCAAACACCUUCAAAAGGUACCGCAGUGUCGGACAAAUAAUACAUAAAACCUACAGUGUAUUAUAAAAAAAAAGAAUAAAACUUUUUUACUC